AUGACGGGGCGGGAGGGAGAGGCCAUGGCGGGAUGGGAGGGAGAGGCGACGGCGGUUGGGAGGAGGGAGAGGCGCUGGCGGGAUGGGAGGGAGAGGAUACUGGGAUUGGAGAAAACGGGAAAGCUAGUGCGCGCUAUUCUUCCGAGCCUUGCUGCGCGCUACCUCUCAUACCACAUUCCCUCCAUAUCCAAGUAUCUCCGCACCCACCCGUCUUCCCGCCCCCUCCACCCGCCGCCACACAAUCGUCUCUCUGCUGCAUCUCACCGUCUGCUCCCCGCGCGCGCCACCUUGCAGGUGACGGACACGCUCAUUCUGAACCCGUCGGGGCAGCUGGUGAGGGUGAUCGGCGUAUCGGCGGACAUCAGCGACAUCAAGCGCAAGGAGGGCGAGAUCCGCGCGCUCAACGCAGCGCUGAGGAGCACAUCGUGGAGCGCACGGAGCAGCUGCAGCGCAACAACAGGUGCUGCGGCGAGAAAUGGAGGCGCUCCUGUCUGCGGGGAGCACAUGCAGCGAUGCAUCAAGCAGUUGCUGGUGCUGGAGCGGAUGGUGGCGGAGCUGCGCGAUUCGCGCUCGGAGGCGGAGUCCGCCAACCGCCUCAAGUCACGAUUCCUGGUGUCCAUGAGCCACGAGAACCGUACCCUCAUGAACAGCGUGCUCGGCAUGACGCAGCUGCUGCUGUCGACGCCGCUGUCAGAGGAGCAGCACUGCUUCGUGGAGAUCGGACACCCGGCAGCCGACACGCGCUGCUGGCCAUCUGGAUCUGAGCAAGAACGAGGCGGGCGGGCUGGAGAUAGGCAGAGCGAAUCCGGCGUCACCACGUGCUUCGAGGACAGCGUCAUCCUGCUCGCGGUCAGUGCUCGCUUGCUCUGGAUCUCUCAACGCUCCUCUGUUGACUCGCAAUCAUCGGUAGCUCCCCCACCCAGAUCCCUCGUCGUGCUGCCACCCUCCCAUUCCCAUCUUGUUAUCGCUCUCCGUUCUCUCUCCCCCCCUCUCCCCCUCUCCCCCCUCCACCCCGCAUCCCCUCACCCUCCCAGCUGCCCCCCUUACUUGGAGUUUGGUGGCGGCUCUGCCCCGCCCAGUGCACCAGAUCACCCUCAACCGCCUCCUCGCCUUCUCCUGCGAACCUUGCCUCCUCCGGAUACUGCUCACCUGGCAGUGCAAUUCAGUGUUUUCACUCCUUCCCAAUCACCUUUCUGCUUCUUCCUCCCGCUCUCUCCCCUCAUCCCCCACUCUCUUGCCCCUGUGACCCCGCAACCUGUGUGCGUGGCAUGGGAGCAGUGA